AUGGACUACGUGACUACAUUAAAAAUCUUAGUGAUCGGAGAAAGCGGUGUUGGUAAAUCUAGUAUCAUCUUAGCGUUUACAACAGGAGACUAUAAUGCAUCAUUUCCGGCUACUAUUGGAGUUGACUAUAAAUGCAAAGUGAUGGAAGUGAAUGGACUCAAAGUGAAAUUGGGCAUUUGGGAUACAGCAGGCCAAGAACGGUAUAGGACUCUGACAAAUAGUUUUUACAGAGAUGCACAUGGUGCAAUUUUAGUUUAUGAUGUCUCAGAACCGAAAACACUUGCUAAACUAAAUGAGUGGGUAGAAGAACUACAGGUGUACUCCACUAAGAAAAAUAUUGUCUGUCUUGUAGUUGGCAAUAAGAUUGAUAAGCCACGAGCUGUGCCAAGAGAAGCAGGCCAAGCAUUUGCAAUGAAACACAGAAUGCUCUUCAUAGAAAGUAGUGCUAAAACUCAGGAAGGCAUCAACUUGGCUUUUGAAGAACUUGUGCAAAAGAUUAUCGAAACACCUGGUCUUUGGGAAUCGACAGGCUCUUCAUCUAACAUCCGUGUAUCCAAUGAGGAAAGGAGAAAACAAGAAGAAUCCUCGUGUUAUGAUUAUACCUGUACUAUAUAA